UUUUUUGCUACAGCUGGAGAGGGGUCCUUGGCAACAAACCUCCCUGGCGACUUAAAGCUGGGCUUAGGGGCCUCCGGGGCUGUCACCUUGGCGACUGAUCCAGAGUUCCUUCCCAGGCUGGAUGAUGACAUCGAGUUGUAGGAGGUCGACAAAGGAACAGCGUAGGGAUUUGGAGUUGGAGAGGGAGGGGAAUCCUCAGGUUGAACAUCUUUUCUGGCGUCGAGACUCCUGGAUCUCCUGCGCUCAUCGAAUCUCAGUCUCUGCCUCGCUCCAGAGCGGCCUCUCGUCUGCGGGGCGCCGCCUGGAGUUCCACUGUUGAAUUUACUGAUGAGCUUGUUGAUUGGAGCCAGCGAGUUGGUGUCGAUCACUGGGACCGGCUCCUCAGACGCUGAUGUUGAAGGUUUUGACUCUAUAAGCGAAUCUGCACUUUUCGUAACAUGUCUCCCUAAAGAGCCAGAAAAACCAGAUCCGGUUUGUUUGAACCCUCUGGGUCCCACACCGUUUACUUUGACUCGUUUUAGCCCUGCUUCAUUAUACUCCUCCUUAUUUGUGCUUUUCUCUGCUUCCACAGACGCUCCUUUGAGAUCGGCUUUUGAAUUUGUGGCCUGUCUGUCUCUACUCCUGCCACUCUCCUCCUCUCCUUGUGUUCCCGCUUGACCGUCCCCUGGAGGUCUUUUAAGAGGACUUCCAAAAAUCUCCCCGUCCUCAUCCUCUGCUGCAGAAACAGGGGAGUGUGUUACAUUCACAGUAGGGCUGUAGGGGUUUGCUACUUCUGCUGGCUCUUUAUUUAUUUUUGGGAGGCUGUUGCUAGGCGAAGGCGGCCCUGAGGUGGGGCUGGUGGUGUUUAGCUGAACUCCGUAAGAGUCACCUUUCUCGCCGUCUUUCAGGACCACAUAAGGAUGCCCAGAGAUCCCCUGAACCCGCACUGCCACCCCGUACUUAUUGGAGGGAGAAGCUGUAGUGUUGUUUCCUUUGGAUUUAUCAGGAUAGCCCCCGCCUGUGUCAUGGAGGUCUUUAAUGAAGCGGAUCUGAACUCCAUAAUCAACAAUAGGCUUCUUGUCGGAGGAGAGACUGCUCAUGUUGACUUCCUGGUUUCCGUGUGGACACCCUGGACAGACAGGGAGGGGAAAUGGCAGAAAUGCAAAUUAGGUGAUUCAGUGGAACAAGGCAGGGAGGCAAGAGGACACUAAACAUGACGCUGCUGAUAUAAUGACACACUACAUCUACAGUUCUUUGUUAUAUUAUUUAAAGAGAUUCAAUAAAACCCACCGAUCAGAAGGAACUUCAACAGUGGAAAAACCUCAAGCAUAAUCAGACUCAUAAGGUGGACAAUCAUCUGCUUUAACAAAACACCUUCUUGGUUCUUCGCUUUGACGAUUUCCACUUUAACAAAAAUGAUUCUCUCAGCUUUCCUGUAAUUUUCCAACGAGUUACCUUGACUCAGCUUUCAUAUCCGGUUGCUUAUGUCUACUUUUCGUUGACGUCUUUGUGUUUAUUCUGCUCCUACCAAAAUGACCGUUGUUGUUUUUAAGCCAAUUAAACUCCUGAUCAGACCUCUUUGUGAAGGUUGAGCCCUGUUUUCCGAUAGGUGUGUUCAGAGGGCAGGAAAACAAGAGAGUAGGUGUGUAUCAAUUAUAGUGGUGAAAACAUACAGUACAUGGGCAUGUCUGUAUUCAUGUGUCUAUUCAAACAGACAGAAAGACACAGGAAGGGACAUCCUUUUGACGAAUGAGUGUACAUUGUCAAACAUGCCUCUGAAUGACACUGAUAUAGAGAGCGGGUGGAUGUGUGAAAUAAGAGUCCUGAUGGGGUGAGACAAGAUCAAACUGAUUUAUUAAUCCAGCAAGAAAAAUAGACCCCUAGAUUCAAAAACGGAAGAUGUCAGUAUUCUUAUCAGCCCACAUUUAAACAAACAUAAACAGAUACUGUCUUUCUCUAUUGGCAUUCCUGACAGAUGCAGAAAGUAACCACAGCUAACUAACUUUACUAGGUCCUCACUGAGCAUUUUUUGGUCUAAAAGAGGUCUAAUAGACGUCUAAAUGUAGCCUAGACGACUGGUCUAAAAUCAGGCUACCACAGGUCUAAACAUUCAAGUUUUUCAGACGUCUAAAUUUAGACCAAGUUUAGACCAAGUCUAAUUCUGGGCUAUAUCUAUACUACACUGUAUUUUGCUCAAUGGCUAUCAUGUUUAUUUUGGUUAAGUGCUUGGAGAUCAGUUAUGCAACUCCCAUUUGCUUUUUGAAAUAAAUACUUAUCGAAUAAUGGGUUAAAGUGCAACAUCUUAAUUCAGUCGGUUGAAAUUAGGUCUUAAAAAAAAAAACUAGACAUCUAAUAGCCGUCUAUUGCUCAGUGGGUCCUUUCUGCUCUUUAACUUUUGUGUUGUUUUCACACUCGACCAGUCCUCUGACACUGCCAAAACUCAUAACUCGUCGCAGUUUGUGUUGCAGUUUUCUUCAAUUUCGUUCAUGUCUUUUUCAGUAGUGUAGAUUAGCAAUGACUCCAAAGUUUGAGAGUGGUAUUGACAGCAGCCUUUAUACAGCAGUGGUUUGCCUCGGGUUUGUUCCUUCAUGCACAGAGGCUAAAGUACUCACUGCAGUCAUCGCUGGUUCUCUGCUCCCCAUAUUCCCUUUCUCUCUUGAGCUGCUUUUUAAAUGAUGUGAAACCUUUCAUAUUUGUCAAACCUCCUACUAGAAAAGAAAACUCUAAAACCAUAACAUUCAAGAGGCUGGGGUUUGUACAUGCUUCACAGUUUAGAAGUUAUUUUUUGGGUUUGUAGAUUAAACUCAAACCAGCUUCAAAGUUAUGGUUAUAAGCUAAGCAUGUCCACCUGAUAAGCUCUGAAAAUGAGCCUGGUGAUGAGAAGGAGAAUACUCCUCUUAUUGUCCAGGCUCUUUGGACCAUUAAACACCGGGGGCUAUGUCAGGAAUGGGCCUCCCCACUCUCCCUCUGUCUCUCUGCCUUUGCCAGGGUAUCCACAGUCACCAGACUUCAGAGUAGAGUCACUCAGGCGUAGACUGUUUACUUUGAGCUGUGCAGACACACACACACACACACACACACACACAUACACACACAUACACACAGAGAGGCUUGAGCUUAUGCACAAACACACAUAUGCAAGGGUUUGCUCAAGCAUACACACAAGCCUGCGGUGUAUUCCCCAGCUGGUAGCAGGUAGUUUAUCUAAUGAGCGCUGCUUCUCUUCAGUGGCUGUGAAAGUGGCAUGAAAGCACCAAGUAAUGUUAAACCACGUUAAAACAAGGCUGUCACUACUUUCCUUUUACAACAUGAAAGAAAGUGUUACUUUUUUCUGUUUAAACUCUUCUGCGCCACCUUCACCCCAUUGUUUUUGUCCAAACCUGCAGUUCCCACAGAGGAACCUGAUGUAAAAAGUAACUGGCUCUAACUGAUGGCUGGUUACAGUGUAACACACAGUGGCCUCGACUAGUAAUGAGGUUCGAUUGGCGAAUCAAAGUCAGCCUUUGUCUUUCCAAAAAACAUUCUUAGGAUUCCAGACGUUCUCUUUACACUUGGCGUUGCGCGUGGUUUGCAUUUGUAUUAAUAAGGACAGAUUAAGAGGAAACUGAGAACUAGGGCAGCGGUUACUGCAAAGCCUACACACGCCGAGAAAACUGUCCACCCAGGCAGUAAAUAAGAAAGUUAACAGACUAAUUAAAAGCCUAAAAAUACGGCGAAAAACAAAAUUAAAUCACCGACAUAACAACAAGCAACCAGGUCUGCAGACUGUGUUGCCUACCGGACAUCAAAAGGAUGAUCUAGAGGUUAAAAAGCGGUAACUUCUGAGCAUUGCUGAUUAUACGAUCUAUUUUCAUUGUUGUCUACGAGCUCAGCCCUUUCUGGUCAGAAAUAAAGCCUGUAGGUGUAAACAAGUUUCUUGGGCGAAUUUCAGCAAAAGGCUUAGCUGUGUUGUUGCACACGCUUGACAAGCAGUAGCAGUCCGAUGCUUCAUGACAACUGCUUCACCUCUUCUGUCUCCUGUCACAAGGAAUGGCUGUGUCAACAGAGACAGGAAUGUCACCAAACGGGACGAUCUGCCACCACUCUUCCCUUUCUCUUCGCCUAGCAGGCAUUUCUCCUUUCUUUUUCUUUCUCCAGGGCCUAAUCCUGACCUGCAUUCUCAUCUGCUUUGUAGCACGUCUAAUCUCCACACUUUAUCCACAAUAUUCACAACCCCUGGGUAUCUGAACAAGAGGAUGAGUAACUUUGACAUUUAGGGCUGCAGGGUUUUGUUGGGAAUUAGUUUAGUGGGCCUACAUUUGCGCAUAUUUCUAUUUGAUCAAUGUGUGAAUGAAAAGUAGAGAAUGUGAAAAAUGUUUGUGAUGUUAUCAGUGUUUCAUUCAAAUCCAAAACUAAAAACUUUCUCUGUUUCAAGAAUUCAAAGUGAUGACUUUUAGCUUUUGUCUGUUAACAUGAGAUCAGUAUCUUGUGAUUUUAAUUGUUGGUGUGCGAAGAAAGUGUAACGUAAAGGUUCAAUGUAAGGUGGUUGGAUAAGUCAAAUGAUGAGAAACAGCAGGAUGGAGAUGGAUAACAAUGAAUCACUCAUUCCCUAACCCCUAAUCCCUAUAUGGGGUUUCACUAUAUAGUUGACUAUGUAGUGAGCUCAAUCACUGGAGUUUUCGGACAGUACAUGGCAAGACGCAAUGCAUGAUGACAUGCCCACCACCGGUGAGUGACCAUUGGAUGGUCACUACAUUUGGCAGUCGCCUAUAUGAGGUAUUGGAAUUGAUCACUCAGGUUUCGGACACCCCUCAGAACCACCAUAUAAUCACCUAUAUAGGAGUAAGGGAUCCAUUUCGGACACGGCCUUUGUUCACAGCACUUUUACAGUUCAGCCAUCUUGUCAUCCCCACAACAUAACCCCAAAAUUUAACAUCCUGGACAACCCUGCUCACACGUCACAGCACUUACCAAUCAGAGGCUAGGACUUAAAAAUAAAUGUCAAUGAACCUCAAAAACACAUUAAGCAUAAUCUGCUAACAAACACCUGCGGAGAAAAGCAUUUAAACUUGUAAAUAUGAACGUGUCAACACUUAGUAAAUAGUUCUCUGUAUGAAUCCUAUAAACACAAUUUUUAGCUUAACUUAAAGACAGUUAAGUGUAAUAGUUAACAGAAAUAUAUGAAUUGACUUCACUGUUAAAGCUUACAAAAGUAAUAAAAAAAGCUUCAAAAUAGACUUCAUUUGGGCUCACAGGCUUUAUAUCUGCACACAGUGAGUAUUUUGUUGAGCAGCUCCACUAUGAAGGUAUCACAAUAGGAUUACAUCAAGGUCAAUAUGAGGACACUUCACUCUUCAUCACAAAAUCUUCUAGUGUUUGGCUAUUUGGUGACUACAGUCCACUUCCAUGCUCAAAAACUCUGUUGUUGUCCAUGUAAAUGCAGGUUCUCUUGUGUAAAGUAGCAACAAUACGGUUUUUCUCGCCCCUCAUUUGUAGUACAUGUUUUUGUUGUGACCACAGAGUUGGCUUAAAGUUUGCCCUCGAGCAUUAAGUUUAGGUAUGGACUAUAUCUGUUCCUACAUUCAAAUGUAAUGUGUAAAAAAAAGUCGUAACUGAACACCCACAGCUGAGAGCAAACCCACUGCUAAGGCUUAUCUUCGUUUUCACAACAGCCACGUAGCCUCCUGUAACAAGGCGUACAUUGUGUUUUCUCGACAAAGGUGGCUUAUUCACACAGCUUGAACAAAGAGUAUACUUUUAUUUUCGUGUUUGAGAGUUUUGAGAGUAAAAAAAAACCACGAGCCCAGGAGUUAGUCCCCCCAUUCUCACCUGUCUGCUCGUGGAUUAAUUGCGUCACACCCACCUAUCCGGUCAGUCAGUAUCGGUGUGCGUCGAAACCACUACCGUCUUGUUUACACGAGCCACAGUGAGGAGCACGAGCCGAGAGGCAAGGUAAACAACCUGUGCACCUGCGACCAUCCUAUUUGAAGCCUCCACUUGCUAUAAUAACCCUCCACAUCCUCUUUACGCAGCGCAGCCAGAUCCAAUUAUAGAUGGCAGCGGAGAACACACUCACAAACACGUUCAGUCUGCAGACAAACCUUUCAAAGGUGGACAGCUAAAGGUGUAAACUACUGCCUUUUUUCUUUUACGCACUAUCAAGAGCAGGUAUAUGAGGACCACCGGAACCUCAAAGCCACAGGUGUCCAUUCCUGCGUGAAAAAUGAUUGAAAAUGCCCCCCCAGCUUAGAGUCACUCUCACCUGAAUUAAAAAGUAAACACAGAGAAAACACACAGAAGCUGUGUCAACAAUGACUGCACCGCACCUGCUGAAACGACGAAUCCCGAAAUCUUCGUCCCUCUUCAGUCAGGUCUUCCUCCAGCAGCAGAAGCAGAAGCAGCUCAGUUCACAGUCGCCGGGAUGAGAAGAUGGAACUCAUCAGGAAAUAUCUCCCCCGCUUCCAGUGCAACCUGUUGCCUGAACAUCGGAUAGUCCUCGUCCCGCCUCAGGACCGACUCCAUUGGUGGGAGGAUCCCCGAGAAGGCGGCGCCUGCUGUGGGCUCGGUUUUAUCGCUGUGUGUACACAAUGGACGAGUGUGUGACCCAUAUUCUCAGCUGUUAAAGGAAAUUAUUGAUCUAUUAUUAGAAAAAAAAACAUUUGCAUAUGUAGACCUGGGUCAUAACUACGGAAGCCUUUAAGCGAUAAUGUGAUGUGUAAUGAAAAUAUCCAGGUGAUGCUACUGAGAAAUCUUCGUCAGGUGAAGAAUUACUUUGAUAUGAGUUAAUAAAUCAACAAAAUUAACACGAAACAAUGGGAUUUAACUCGAACAAAAGUCAAAAAAGUGAGUUUAAAAAAAAUAAAUAAAUAAAUAAAAAUAGUGUUUCUGAAUAGUGAGUUUAAGAAAUGUGAAAAAAUAGUGUUACAAAAUAGUGAGUUUUUUUUAAAGUAAAAAAUAUAGUGUUACAAAAUAGUGAGUUUUAAAAAAAUUAAAAAUGAGUUUUUUAAAAAAAGUGAAAAACAAGUGGUCUUAAAUAGUAUUUUUUUUUUAAAGUGAAAAAAUAAUGAUUUAAAAAAAAGGAAAAAAUAGUGUUCCUAAAUAGAAUUUUUUUUAAAAAAGUGAAAAAAUAGUGAGUUUUUUAAAAAAGUGGAAAAAUAGUGUUCCUAAAUAGUAAGUUAAAAAAAAGAAAAAAUAUUGAGUUUAAAAAAAAGUGGAAAAAAAAUUGUUCCUAAGUAGUGAGUUUAAAUAAAAAUUAAAAAACAGAAAAAGUGAGUUAAAAAAGUGAAAAAGUGUCCCUAAAUAGUGAGUUUAAAAAAAGUGAAAUAAUAGUGACUCUAAAAAAUGUGAAAAAUAAGUGUUCCAUAAUAGUGAGUUUAAAAAAAGUGAAAAUAUAGUGUUCCUUAACAGUGAGUUUCUUUUAAAAUUAGUUGCCUCUGAAAUUUUAUAUCAAAAUACUUUAUAUUUGUAAACCAUUUCAAUAUUUUGUAGCAUUAUUUUAAAUAAGUCAUUACACUGAGAUUUCAUAUUUAGUUUUGUGAACUACAGGAUCCUUUUAAACCACUUUUGCAGGUGUGGACUGCCACAAUAAUGAUCCCAAUUCCAACAUAGAUUGCAAAAAGUGCAACUCACUGCCAAUACAAAGUUAUGGCUUUAGAAGACAAAGUUUGACAAUUAGUGACAUGAAACUGUAACUGUUGUAGCUUUGAGAACUGAGGAUAUGUGACAAUGCUGAUAACUGACUAAAUACAGGAGGUUUGUGUUGAUUGAACUUGAAAUUUUGUACAUAAUUAAAGCCAAUUUAUCAUUUAGACUAUUAAAGCAAUUUGUUUUCUUCCUAUGAUGUAUAAUAUUAUAAUAAACCAUCUGAUCAUUGUGUCUAAUAGUAUAUUUUAUGUAUUUACAGCACAGUACUGUCUUAAAUAAUCAAUCUUGUUUAUCUUUGACUGUUGGAAAGUCAGGAUGAAUUCAGGUUACAGAAAAGGAGAUAAAGAAAAACUUUGAGCUUUCAGCUGUUUUCAAAGGAGUUAUCUUUUGAAGGUUCCACUUUACCAGGUUUAGUAAUUAUUAACUUUUUACUGGUGACCAAGUGGUCUAUGAUUAGCAUUUGUUGGAGUUUGAGGUAUAUAAACUAAAAUCUACGUCAAUUUCAUCUCUGCUAAGUGCCAAACCCAGACAGUUUUUUACAAAAUCAUUGUAGGAAAGUCAGGACAAAAAAAAAGUUGGACCUAAGAAGUCAAAAGAGAGCUAAGGGACUAACUUAUUCCACACAAAAAGCAGCAAACUAGUUAUUAAUGACCAUCAUGUAUCAUCCCCACAAAAACAACAUAAGAUACAAUUUAUACUUCACUGUUACUGUAACUGUCAGGAUAAUGAUGAAGAAAUUACAUUUUUAUCCGAUUCACCGGGUUUUCCACCCUAAUUUUAAUACAACAAUAAGCAAACAAAUUAGAAAUGUGAAUAAAAACAGACAUAGACAAGUACAAAAAAAAUCUGUCUUUACUUCCGAGUUCAGUACCUUUCCCUUCCCCACCAGGUGUAAGAUUUCCACCAGGAGGCGCCAGAGCAGAGCAAGAGCACACAGCACAAAUACCAGUACAAAAAUCAAAAAAAGAACAGCUGAGAGAGAGAGAGAGCAAGGACAGAAAGGCAACCCAGACAUUGAAUAAAGAAAUGAGAAGGAUAGUUAUAAACACCUUAUACCAUGACAGAAAUGUGGAGAAGGGGUGUUUUUCGCUUUUAAGUUAUUUGGUCUACUUCAAGGCCUCUUCCACUGCAGCGGCCAGAAUAUAAACAAACAGAUCAGACAGUUACUGCAUUGAUUCACAUGCAACCCUCCCCUCCCCUCGUUUUUUUUUCUUUUCUUUUUUAAAAAGGACUAUGAACAUCUGAUAUGACAUGAUGUCACUACUUGCUAUGCCAACGCCAUCCAAAAGCACUGAUUUCACAAUUCAUGUGGACUGCAGAAAUACAAAGAAAUGGUUGACUCAAAUGUAUGGUAUAAAAAGCAAAAAUUCAUACGGUUUACAACCAGGACACAGGAGUUUAACUUAUUUUGUUCAUUGGUCAAUGAUCUGGCGGAUAGAUUUGUCCUAAUAUUUACAACUAUUUGUUAAGGUGUGGAUGAAAUCUCAGCCCUGGUUCCUUUGAGUUAAUCUGCACUGCGUAGAAAAUGAUAAAUACACGUACAGUGGGUGUAGAUUUGUGUGUUUGCAGAUGCAGGACUUGGCAAAAGAACUUUAAAAUGUUUUUCUCUUAAUUAUCUUUGUGAGACAAUGUGCUGUUUUUCCUUUUUUCAUACAUUUAAAGGCUUAUUUUACUAGCUAAAAGGAAGCGUCUUGACAGCAAAAGAAGCUCUCAACUGAUUCAUAAAUAAGGCCAAUGUCUCUUUUAGAUCCUCAAGCACAUUGUCAGUAUGUUUUUCCAUGUAGUAUUUCAGUUUCAAACUCAAAAUCGAGACCUUCAGUCACAGCCACAAUACAUAGUUUAAGACCUCACCCUUAAAUGUUUUUUCCAAUGUGUUUGUGUGUGCCUAAAAUUCCACAAUAUCUAUUGGGUGCAUGAGCGUAUCAAGUCAAUCCCAAGUCAAGUCAGUGUGGCAGCCUCUGUGCCAGUCAGUCACAAAGUGUGUGAGGUAGUGUGUUGGUGUCAGUGCUUUGCUGGUUGGCAGGCUAGAUGUUAGAAGGACUGUGUAGUUUAACAUUCAUUUAGAUUGGACUCCUUUAUGGGGAGGGGGAGGAAAAAUAUUUGCCUCUAGCCACUCAAAGUGCUAUAUAUAAGCAUGAAUAUCAAUGAGUGUGUGUCUUGGUGUAGUGAACAAGUAAAGGGCUGGUCGAGAGAAAGUUGGGCGAGUAUCUGACAUGACACACAGGUCAUUCAAUUCGAUCAAAGCAAAGAGUGUCUCUGUUUGUCCUUAUGCUUUGCACCUCCAUGCUGCUCCCUUGUCAUCCACUCCUCAACUCUCAUUAGCUGCCACCAGCUGGCCUAAUCCCUGGCGCACAAACACAGCCUGGAUGUCCUUGGUCUUGAUGCAGAAGUCACAGGCCCACACCGCAGCGCUCUCUCGAGUCAGCAGCCCGUACGCCGGCUCUGUCAGGCCUGUGCAGUCACGGUGGAACCAGCGUUGGCAAGAGGCCUCGCACAGAAUGGCGUCCUGAUCGUCAUGCACCUCUGCCAUGCAGAGGCCACAUGGGAAGACCAUCCCGGGGCCACCAAGUUUCCCAGGGCCGGAGCCAGGCCCGGUCGAGGGGGCAGCAGGGCCGGGGGGCAGAGGAGACUGGGUGUUAGGGGUGGAGGUGGAAUUAGAGGGGGGGUUGGGGUUGCUGCCAGGAGUGUUGCCGCCGUUGUUGUUGGUCAUGUUAUUCUGACCUGAAUUGGAAGCUGGAUUUGACAAGGGACCACCAGCACCGGGGGUGUUGUUCUGCUGGUUGUAAGGGGUUGAGCCCGGAGCUGAGCUAGGUGGAGUGGACUGUUGCUGCUGCUGCUGGUUUGAGUUAUUUGAGUUGGGAGUAUUUGUACUGUUGGGGGGUUGUAGCUGACCAGGUGGAGGAUGCUGAGACUGGCCUGACCCAUUCAGGGGGCCAGUAGGGGAAGAGUUGGGGUUAGGCUGGGGGGUCGCUGAGGGAGGCUGACCGGGUGUGUUGGCACUGGGCUGCUGUACAUCAGGGUGGCCAGGGAAUCCCCCGCCUGGCUGUGGAGGGCCAGAGUUAGGUGGAGGGCCAGGAGUGGUUGUAUUAGGAGGUGGGCCAUUGGGGUUUAGAUUGAGCUGUUGCUGUUGUUGCUGCUGAGGGCCAGGCGGGGCCCCUCCUCCACCAAAAUUCUUCCCAUCCUCGUUACCUGGCCCUGGUGGGCUAGGACCAGGGUAAGGUCCAUCCUGCGAGGGAGGGAACUGUCCUUGAGGGGGCAUACCUGGCAACCCUCCUACCAUGUUGCCUCCUGGAGCACCACCCAUGCCCCCCAUCAUGUUCAUUCCAGGUCCCAUCCCUCCUGCCAUGGGAGGCAAGGGGCCAUGUGGGGGCCCCCGUGGACCUCCACCACCAGGUAAAGGUGGGCUGUUGAAUGGGUGUCCACCCUGUCCAUGCUGCUGUUGUGGUGGAAUCCCAAAACGAGGGUGGGGAGGUCCCCCUCCUCCAGGACCUCCCAUAGCUCCUGGGGACAACAUGGGGUUGAAUCCUGGCCCAGGGUGCAUAGGUGGACUAAAGUUUGGUGGCAUAUUGAACUGAGAAGGCCCACCUGGAGGGAACCCACCGCCCCCUCCUCCUCCCCCAGUGCCACCCCCACCACCACCACCAAAGCCAGGCAUGCCUCCAAAGCCUAACUGGUGGUGAGGUCCAGCAUUAGAAGGGGGUCCAAAAGGAGGCCGCCGUCCGGGCUGGCCUCCACCUGGCCCUCCGGGGCCACCCAUGAAGCCCAUACCUGCGCCCAUUCUGCCUCCACCUCCAUAACCACCUCCUGCGCCUGCGCCUGGACUGGGGAGAAAGGGAGCACUGCCUGGUCCGCCUGCGCCAGUGGGUCGAGAUGGGGGUCCAAAGUCAUCAUCAAAAGGGUUGGAAGCCACCAGGUGGUCCACCAUGGGGGUUGGUGGGGGUGCAAACUCAGUGAGGUGGGAGAACCCGGCCGCCUAAAAGAAGCAAGAAUAAAAAUCUUUUAAAAAUAAAACUUUGGACUGGUACCUCAUUAAUUUCUGCACAGUCAGUUGACAUUUGUUUUACAGCGAAGAACUAAAAGAAUAUUCCGACAUAAAAUUAAUUUAGGGUCAAACACAUCAUAACACCGAGUUAGACACCCCGUCGAGAGAUUAGUGUUGCCGACCACUUGCUUCUCUAGUUAUAUCAACUUAAGUAAUGACCGCACGAUAGCAAUACACAGCUGUCUGAGGAGCCAUUAACAAAUCUCAACCAAAACGCCACUCUAUAGCCACAAAUAAUGAUCAGAACAGCACCUAACUUCAUCAACAAUACAUAUAGGGUCCUAGCCACCAAACAUAUUUUUAACCUUGCUUGAUUUCUUUAGCAAACACAACUCAGCUACUCUCCUCCAGCAGCUGCUUGUUUGUCACGAGACCUCAGACCAGUCCAUCAUUGACUGCUACAGGGUGACACAGCUCAAGGAACAAUAUUUAUUACCAUUUCUUCAUGGAAAUGCAAUCAGACCGAGACGCUACAGCAGAAGAACUACCGUAUCUGCAGUGCAAAAUGAUUACUAUGGGGAUUAUUAUUUCAAGGAAAUGAUACAGUACUGAUCAUAAAUGUUCUUCAUUGAGCUGCGUCACUCCAUAGCAGUCCGUAAUGGACUGGCCUGAGGUCUCGCUACAAACAAGUGGCUGCUGGAAGAGAGUAGGCGAGUUGUGUUAAGUCUCUUUGCUAAAGAAAUCAGGCAAAGUUAAAAAGAUGUUUGGUGGCUAGUGCUAUGGCUGGGACCCUACAUGUACUGUUGAUGAAGUUAGGUGCUGUUCUGAGCAUUAUUUGUGGCUAUAGAUUGGCCUUUUUGGUUGAAGUUUGUUUAUGGCUCCUCAGACCGCUGUGUAUUGCAAUCGAGCAGUCGUUACUCAAGUUGGUAUAUCUAGAGAAGCAAGCGGUCAGCAACAUUAAUCUCUCGAGGGGAUGUCUAAGUCUGUGUCACGGUGCGUUUGACCCUAAAUUAAUUUUACACCGGAAUAUCCCUUUAAAGAUUUCUGCAUGAUGACCUGGGUGGUGGAUUUCCUUGCCUUCUUCUUCUCCGGACUCUUCAUCUGUGAAGCUGAAAAAGUCAAAUAAGGAGGGAGGGGGUUGAUAGGGGAAAAUAUAAAUAUUAGCCAUCACCACAACAGGUCUUUGUUGUUAAUGCUAUUAGUCCACCACCAAUCGGGUGCAGCAUCACAUUUGGAUUGGCCAAUACCCCUUAGUGACAGAGUGGAGCAGCUUUAGACCUAGGGCCUCUUUUUCAAGUCCAACAGUUGGAAUGGAAUCAAUGAUGGGACAUAGACUGGCAUGAGGACAAGAUGCUGAACAUCCAGGCGUUAUCAUCACCAAGGAUAUGAAGCCUUGAAUCGCAAAUGACCCAGGCAGACCAAAUGACCCAGGCGAGAGGGAGAAAGGCCGCAAACAGAGGCAGAGAAGGUAAGGUCAAUGAGGGAGACAGGAAAAAGACGAAGACAUGAGAACGAGGAAACGGAGCUGAAGGUACAUUGAUAGCAAGAUAGACAUGAACCCCGCUCACAGAUCCACUCUGUGAGGAAAAAACAGCCACCACCGGAGACAGUCGUGAAGUUUACAUAUGGGGGAGGCGAGGAGGGAUUUGCUAACAGCACCAGUGCAGCCCAUUGCAGCGCAGUAAUGGAUGAUUCCGAUCUGAUUUGGAGGGGGGGAGAUGGGUGAAAUCAAGUCCUACCUUUGCUUCGUUUUCCUUGUCCCGCCAGUAGUCUCCCCGAUUCGGCAGCCAUUAGCUAAUAUGACUGUCGGUGAAGUGGCAUAUCACCGUUCAUGAGCAAGAAAAAAAAAGUUAAAAAUGACGACGUCUUGAAGGCAAUGCGCCGAGAAGGUGGACUCUGCCUUCAGGUCAUGUCAAUAAUGCUAAAAUGAAUAGCAUCACAGUAAUUUCUAACACGUAUAGUUAACUCAGUUAGUUUAUAGCACUGGCCCAGGUCUGAAAACUCCUUUUCCAGCUGCAAAUCUUUCGCCACGGUGUCUGUCACGCCGGGAUUUGGUCACCAAAUACGCCUUUUACGCACAAGUAACGUCCUGCUGCAGCAGCCAGUUUCUACAAAGCUAAGAGAAACUGGUUGCUCGCUACCUGGCGUGACCGCCAGCACAAGCAACGCACACAGAGCACCCCACCUCCCUCUCUAAAGUGAUCACUUACAGAUGUGAAGCAAGAAAACCCCCCCAAAAACCAGCCAGCUAACGCGAGCUACAGGAGGGACUACAGCGGCUAACUAGCUAGCCACGUUAAGUCAAAUGUGGCAGCUGGAUUUCACCCAGCAACACCAGCAAAUGAACCGAGCUAUAUGUCUAAACUUGUUUGUGAAAAUAUGCAUCUGAUUCCGUUCAUCACAGAGAAGAUACAGCAAACGAUCAUGAUUUGAAAUUGGUUGUUUACUAUGCUAACAUUAGCUGGCUAGCUAACGUUAGCAUGCCACUGGAGGUAGCUUUAGCCAUCUUUGCAGACUGUCUUGGAAGCAAACUGUACCCUUUCUCCGUUGCUUUGCUCUGCUGUCCUUUAAAUUGAAACUCUCUGGUGUGUCAUUGCCAGCAAACCAGUCCUCACUCGGUGUAUGCUUGUUGAUCCACCAUUCAACUAUAAUUCAUUCAAAAACGCAAAUUUUGCCAUAAUUAUCAUGGCCUUCUAUUGCCACCGGACAAAGAGGGACAAACAGGAGGAUCGCGCACGAUGGAAGGAUCCAUCUCAGCGGAAAAACGGGGGUGUCCGUAAGUAUACCACGUAAAUAUGACAUGUAUCUUUUAAUUAAUGACUCGAAACUGCUUGUAAUAUAUACUUAAAUGACUAGUACAAUUCUUAUCUGUAAAAUAUACCAAAAACAAACGUCCUCUAGUAUAUUAAUGUCCUUAUAGAGAAAAAGUGUCACACCUUUCAUUGGAAUCACGUAGAACAGCUCAGAGCGGACCAUUUUCCAACUCAACCCUGUGCAAUUAAGGAAGGGCCGGACAUUAAUUAGACAGCCAAUUAAGCACAUUAUCAAGUGACACCAUGAUUAAUAUUGAAUUAACGUCCAACAUCAAAAUAUUAAUGUGAAUGUCAACUUUAAUUAAGGUCUCUAUCUGAGUAAACUUCCACAUGAAUGGAGAGAAGCUACUGCAUGCAAAUAUUCCUCAUGAUGUCAAGUGCUGCCACUAUCAGGAGACCUAUCUGCUAUUUUGACAUGUGUAGAGGGCCUAUCAAUCCUAAUAAUGAUAAUAAUGAUUUUAUUUCUUUAGCACUUUUAAAAACAGAAGUUUACAAAGUGCUUUGACAAACAGUUGCAAAGCACAGAACAUCGGCAGCACAUGGAAAUGAAAGUAAAAACAAAUAAAAACAAUAGCUCAGUUAAAAACAUCUCCUAAACAUUUGGUCACAUGAUCAAUUUCUUUUACUAUUUCCAAGCAACAGGGGGUGGCUCAACCUACCCCACUCUCCCCUACCUGUUUGCAUCAUGAUUCCUAUCAAUGUUUUAGGAUUUGUGCGCAUCAUUCUUUGUUACUUUGGAAUAAACUCACUCUAUAUUUAACUCACGAAACAUCACUCCUACUACGGUGUCUACAAUUAAAAGCUUAUCACCGCCCACCGGGUCCUGCCUCCCCCUCUCAACUUCAGACCCCCCUCUUCCUCCUCUCUAUACUCCAGGCGCAGACAGGAGCCUCAUUGCGACAGGAGCAGGCUGGAAAGGACCAGAUAAGCCACACUGGGAAUGGGACCACAAAUCAGAAGCAAGAAGAACUUUGCCUUUUUUCGGGUCUUCCCACUCCAGAGACAUCUGUUCAUCCAAAGGGAAUAAACUUUCAUCCGACAGAAGAAGAAGAGGCAGGUGUAAGAAAGGUACAAAUGGGAUAACCCGUUUUCUUGUGCCAAAAGGCAUGCAGGCUGUAAGUUUUUCCUUACAAACAUUUUGUCAACCUGGAGAUUUUAUAAUAGAGCCGUUGAGUUUUGAAAGGGUUUAGACCGAGGUGUGGAAAUCCUGUAGGCUCUGUCCUAGAAUAAAGCAGCGGAAGUCUUUUGUUAAAGAGCUGUGAUUUCUAAAGGUGCGUCUCUGGGGCCCCUCUGGUGCAUGGCGCAAAAAGGUGUCGUGGAAGGCGGAGAAGUUUAUUGGUUUCCAGCUGAGUUACAAUGGCAAAGUGGUUCAAAGAGUUCCCCAUCAAUCUGAAGAAUGGUACCGACAGGACCCGCUCAGCCUCCGAAUCUGGCUCACAACCAAGGGCCAACAAAACCGGGCUGGUGGCAAGCAUAGGUACCAAAGCAACAGGCUCCAAAACGAGCCAUCGCAAGAACUCCUCUCCUGACAGUACAGGUGGAGGAGUCGGGUCUCUCCUGUCCGGGAGAAACAGGAAAAACUCGGCGAUAGAGUUGAGUAGAAACGGUGUGUGUUCCCCGAAAGAUGGAAAAGUUUGGGACAACCUGUUGUCUGGGAAAAGUCGGAAGAAUUCCAAAACUGAGCCGGUGUUUGAGGAACAGCAGCAGCAGCAGCAGCAGCAGCACAGACCUCUGAAGAGUUCACCAUCGGCCAACUCCUACAUCAACCGACUGAUCAGGGUAGACAAACAGGACAAAAGCCCCAACUUCAACAGCAGCACCAUCACUAACCAAGUGGUACCUGAAGCAGAGAAACCUGUGCAGUGCAAGACUGAAACUGUGAGUAACACAAACUACAUCCUGUUCAUUUGAGAAGCUGUCAAUUAACAUCAAGUAUCUCAAAUGUCAUGUGUUUAUUUCUCUCAUACAUUAUUUAGACUAUAGGCUUGGGUAUUGUUGUUUGAAAUCCUAUAAAGUUUCUCUAAUAUAAUAUAAAAAUGAACCUGUUUUAGGUGUAUCAAACUCCCACUAAGUAGACACAUCUUAGUCUAUUCAAGUGAUGCUCCUCUUUUUUAAAGUAAAAAAUUUCCAAACUAAGCCAAUUCUUAGAUAAGAGGCAAAUAUCAGAUAUGAAAGUUGUACUUUUUCACUAAUUUAGUCACAGGUUUAAAGGUUGUACUGAGAUCACAUGACUUAUUUCUAAAACAAGACAAUGGAUGACUUCAUCAAACUGAAUUGUUUGAGCUUUGACCUGUAAAUCCCCUUCAGAAUCACGUCAGCUGCUACAAUUCCCUGCCUAAAAAGUUUCAAGGUACACUUAAAGAACUUCGUUUCCUGUCACUUUGUACUCCUCAAAGUUUCAAAACAAGUUACUAAAUUUUAACCCUAACCUUACUUAUGAAAAUAGUAAAUUAUUACAUGAUCUCUCCCUCCUUACAAGCUGCUCAUUUAUGCUUGUGUUUGGUUGUAACCUUAUAGAUGUAAGAUGUCAGAUUUCUCUCAUUCUCUGUCCACACAGCAGCAAACUGACAUAUUGGUGUCACCAGCAGUGCUGACCCAGUCUGAGCUCUGAGAACUGAUAUUAUUGUUUCAGAGUCUCCCUCCCCUUUGUCUCUGCUCCAUCCAUUGUGUCCUCUCCUCCCAGCUUGUCUUCUAUCUCUCUCUCUUCCUCUCCACCCUCCACCCGUCCUCACACCCACCUCUCUCACCCUGAAUACAAAGCUGCGGUCAGAAUUGAGGCCUUAUACCUUCGCCUCCUGUAUGUAAUUUGGCUCAGUCCUCCUCUCCCCUCAACUCCCCCGUCACUCUUUUUUUCUCACCUGAUUCAGGCCCCCUGGUGAAGGCUAUCAUGUUAUAAAAAGCAUUGUGUUACUUGACACUUGAGUGUUAACUCAAGUCCCCUCCAGCUGGGCUUUGAAAAACAAAGGUAGAAAGUUUGAAAAGUUAUGGUGGAGAGAUGGUGAGGGAGAAAUGAGAGAUAAAAGAAUUUAAGAAUCUGGUUGAAUCCUCAUUGUUCAUUGUAGCAGCUACAAAUUUUGACCUCUUGAGUUGUGUAAUAUGACUGCAACUUGGUUUCACUCUUAGGUCUGCAAUUGUUUCACUUAAUUCCUCAAAACUCAAGAAUUUAACCACAAAUAGUACAUGAGCUUGGUAGGGGUUUUUCUCUGUGUUCAAGCACCAACAAAGGCCAGUAUUUUUUAUUUUGGCAAGGGAACACAAAUGGAAGUGAUUAGAGGAAAGCAGCUUCAUUUUACAGCCUAUACCAUUGUCUCUUGGGUCGCAGCUCGUAAAAUUAACAACAAAUUUUACGGCACUGAUAAGAUGACGAGAGAGUUAGGCGUGACUAUUGGUAAAGAAAAGAGGUUGAUAAAAUCAGGUUUUCUUCUGAAUGAGUGUUUACUGCAGUAAGAUUGCAGUUUUUGUGUUUGUUUGUCUUAAUUGGUCUUAUACUGGCAGCACUUUGAUUGUAAAAAAAAAAAGUUAAAAGAACUCUUUUUGGAACUUUGAACUUUUUGGAAAGUUUUCUUGGCGAUAUGUUGAAAUUUUUCAUGUUACGGCCAACCACUUCAUCUGCAGAGCUAGAAUGUUCAAAACACAAAACACUCUUCUAGUUCUCAAUGAAUGAGCUACAAAUAAUUGUAAAGCAAAACUAGCCUUGGUUAUUCUCUCAAAUAUAAGUGCUUAUUUUUAACCCAUUCAAUAAUAAUUAUAUAAAAAACUGUCUUACAUUUUUGGGAUGCUCUUUCCCAUGCACUCAUGUACCAGCAAAUGUUAUCAUUACCUGGAAAAUUGUAUGGGUGCUACACUUUAAGUUCACUUUGUUGAUAUGGUGAUAAAACUGCAAGUGGUAGAAGUUCAAAUCCAUUACGAUUACAUCAAAUUUUGCCUUGUACUUGUCACGUAUUUAUAGUCUGUCUGGUUUGUUGUGUCCCUGUGUUUCUUUAUCCAGUUAAUCAUCCUUGAAGAUUACGCAGAUCCAUUCGACGCUCAGAAGACCAGAGAGCAAAGGGAGGCAGAGAGGGUUGGUGAGAAUGAUGGAUACAUGGAGCCUUAUGAUGCCCAGCAGAUGAUCACAGGUAAGACUAUCAUCAGAUUAUGUUCACUACUCUCCUGUAGCUGUCCAGCUUUUUUACCAUGCAGAAAGACGGGACUCCCGUUUUCUUUCUUCCAGCAGUGUUGAGGUUGUGAAUUUGCUCCCUUGGUGCUCUUUGCACCCCUGCGGGGUUGCUGUAGCAACUGUGUUGCGUUCGGACAAUGGGUGCAGUUUCCUGCCCCUGCUUCCUCUUUCCUGUCUCUGUUUCCUGGUACUAUUCUCCAAAAAGGAAGUUGGCCCUCACUGCCCCCCUUUGCCUCCUCUUCUGUGUAGUCCCCUAUAUGGACCUGUCUGACCAUUUAUCAAAACUUCCCAGCAUGGAGGAAGACUGGUGGUUGGCCAUCCAAUCACAUGCUCUCCUGACCUUUCCUUCCAACACUCCAUUGUUUUAACUCAAAGGGUUACACAAUAGCCUGCUGUGAAUUUGAUCGUGUUUUAUUGCAGGGCUCUCUCGAGUACCUUUGGCUUCAAUCAGUGGCCAGCGUUACUUCCAGGCCUCCUCAGAGAAGUCGACAGAGGAUGUGAUGGUGUGACUGAAUCAAUUUAUGAGGCUUAAAUCAGUGUGAGGAAGUGAGCAAGAGCCUGACGACAACCUGACUCAAUACUCAAGGAUAUGAGAGUAGGGCAGCUUGAUUAUGAAUACACCAGCUGACUGUACUUCCCAGAAUAAAACUCCAGCAUUUAUCCGGGAAAAACUUGUCAAUGACGCCAAAUUUUAAGAUGCUUUGGGAUCAAAAAGGACUUCUCUGUUUCUCUGUCUGUGGAUAAAGUGCUACUGCAUACAUCCUUUAUCCUUUGGUUGCGUUUCUACCUCACACAGCAGUUACAGGCAUUAAAAAUAUAAUACAGGAAUGGUCAGUCUUUCUUGUCAUUGAUUGUCUCAUCAGCUUUUGUACAUCAUAGAGACGCGUCACUGUUUCAUAAGCUUUAAAAAACUCCUCAUGGGCCCUUUCAUGAUUUACUUUUAUUGCAGCGAUGACAGAUUAAUCUUUCAUUGUCAGCCAUCCACCUUUUGUUCUUCACAGGCACAAACAGAUCAUAUCGGGAGGACGCACGAGCACAAGAAUAUCAAUCAAGAGGCUGAUAAAAUGAGUCAUGCUCUGUUUCAUAUAUCACAGCCUGUUAGUCACAGUGGGUCCACAGUCUGAGGGUUGUAACUAAUGGAUUUAAUCAUUGUUAAUCAAUCAUUCAAUACUUCAUAAAAUAUUAAUAAUAACUUUGUCGCUGUUAAACCAAAAUCCUGUUGAGUGAUUACACCGUAUAACCAUAUAUCUCCUGAACCUGGAUUUAUUCAUUCACAGUUUACACAGCUUUUAUUUAUGAUUGACCAGCAUUUAUUGUUGUGUCAUUGCAAAACAAACUAAAGCCGGUAGUGUCGUUAUCACAUGGCAGACUUAACGUUGGUCUUGUUGACUGUUUUUAAAGUUUUAAAGUGUUAAGUGUUCAGGCGUAUUGGCUGCUGAAAUCUUGAGUUUUUUGAGCCACAAUUGAAAAUAUUGGGAUUAGAGGAUGGGUUUGAAGAGGAGGGAGGGGUUAGAAAAUGAUAAAUCUAUCUUGUUAAACAAAGUGUGUUCAUAAUUUUUGUGUUUGUACUAAUUUUUGUAAGACUAGUUCUAAUGAUAAUAAUAAUACAUUUUAUUUGUGGGCGCCUUUCAGGGCACUUAAGGACACCUUACAAGGCAAUUAAAAGACACAUCAGUAGAAUCAAUAACAAACACAUCAACACAACAAAGUAAUAAACAAAAAGUUGUAAGUCCAGACUCUGCAGCAGAACAUCAAAUGCUAGUCAGAGUAGGCCUGUCUGAAAUAAUGAGUUCUAGCAAUCAAAUAAGAGGUUUGAGUGUUUUUUAGCCCAAACACAUGCUGAUAAGACGUUCAUCAUGAACUUUUUACCUCAAUAUAUAUCACAAGGUUUUACUCAAAUGCUAUACGGAAUCACAAAACUCCUUCUAGUGCUGUAAAACUUGAGCAACUCUCAGUUUGUGUCAAUUUGUGUCAAGCUUUUGCUUUUCCUGUCAUCUACAUUCUCGAGUGGUGUCUUCCCACAACCCCCCCCCACCUUGCUGUCAAAUUGAUCGCUUAUUGAGAAGACUUUGAGUAGAAAUCAUAAAAUCUGUUCUGUUUCUUCAGCUGCUCAGCUGACACAUCCCCCCUUUGUACCAGUUUCAGGCAUGAAGGAUUACAGUGUAAAUAUUGUUUCUCUUGUCACAGAUGGUCUUGUUUGGUUUUGUAUAUCACAAAAAGGCAUCAAUGAGUUUGAUUUUAUUUCAGAAAUACAGAAAAACUUCUCAUAGGAGCUUGGUAACCCCGGGUCUUGAGUGCUCUUUCAUCCUUUUGACUGUAACUAAAUCUGAAACCCUUUUUUUUUUUGCAUCCAAGAGAUCAGACGCCGGGGGUCCAAAGACCUGCUGAAAGUCUGUGUGCUGACAGAGCUGGGUGAAGGAAUGACAGAAGAAGGCCAGCCUGCACCCUUACAGAUAUACGAUGACCCAUAUGAGGGGGGCAGUGACGGAGACAAGACUGCGGUUACACGGCCUGAGCUGGACUCUCGUCCUCCUGCUGAGUACGAACUACCGUGGGAGUGGAAGAAGGAGCACAUCGUCCGAACGCUGUCAGGUACCUCACAUGUUUCUCAAACCACAUCAUACUUCAUACAAUUAUAAGGAAGUGUUUGUUUCUGUCGACUCUUGACUGAAAUUAAAUCGUUCGCUUUUGUGAGAAGCUCAAAUAGAAAAGAAUACAUCACUUACUUUUGACUGUCCUAGUUUAAGUGAACUAAUAACCACUAAAAUUUAUAUAACAGCCCCAGCCCUGCCUCUUCGCUGACUUGGAUCAAUAUGAAGCAUAUUUGUUCCGAAAAACAACCCAGCCCUGCUUUUGCAUGUAUAUUUUAUAUGCUGCAUAGACCAACAGCAUACUGAAAAACAUCGAGCAUGAAUCAUCAAACCGCUGUCUUCUUAUUUUAGACUUACUGGAGGCUCCUGCACCCAGUUCAAACUCAAGUGUAGACGCUUUUUUUUCUUUUGCAUAAAUACAUAUCAUCUCUCAUCAUUCUUCUUCCACCAGCACAGUUUGACGGCCCUGAACGCCCAGCAAAAGAUGACACACCUCACCACACGCUCAACAGGAAGCCCCAACAUCUGCCAACCCAGUCCCAGCAGCAGCAGAGUCAGCAUCUAAGGCAGAAGAGCUGGACUCAGAAGAUCCUGCGAUCCUCUCUGCCAACCCUGUUGCCAUCCUCCACCCCUGGCACCAACCCUGAAUCAGACGUCCGCUGUGUUGACCCCUCUUUGCCCCUGGAAAAACAGAGGUGAGGAACUAAGAACCACAAUAAAGGAUUACAUGAUGGGAUUUCUCUGUAGAUACAUAAAACUUUUGUACUCAAACAGUUUCAAUGGAAUUAAUGUCAAAAUGUGUCCGCAUCUGUUUCCUAUUCCUGUAAUAAACCCUAACUGUGGAAGAGUUACGAAUUUCAGAGUUAUGUAAGAGUAUUGCUCAUUUCCAAGGGGUUUAAUAUGAAAAGAGGCUCCAGACUUGAUCAAUAACAGAUGAAAUAUAAUCCCGCCCUCUGUCUCAGCUGGUACCAUGGCUGUGUGACUCGCCAGGAGGCGGAGUUUCUGCUGCAGUCCUGCAAGGAGGCCAGCUUCCUGGUCAGGAACAGCGAGUCAGACAACAGCAAGUACUCCAUCGCCCUCAAGUGAGUGUAACCUGAAAGUGCUGUCAGAUGUGUCUCAAGGGAAGAUGUUUUACUUAUUUAUCACAUACUGCUUAGUACAGAAGGAUUAUAUUGGAGCUGUUUGUGAACAAAACAGCCAAAAAUAUUUGUUUAAAUCAAUGUUUUUUACCAUCUCAUUAACUGUCAUCAGGAUCAGGUUGAUUAUCUUUAGUUUCUCUCUGUCUGUCUUUGAUAUUAUUUGACUUUUAGCUCCAUUUCAGUGUCAAAAUGAUUUUGGUGGGGCCCAAUGUGACAUAGUUUUCAUGGGGCUCAGUAUCCUUGAAGCGCUCCUGUUUAUACCUAAAAUUUUGUGGUCCUGAAAAAAUGAAUAAAUCUUUAUUUAAACUUUUUAUUUAACAUUUCAAACAUCUUCUUAAACUCCCAACUUAAGUAUGAAAUAUACUAAAAAGAGAUCUUUCCCCUCUUAUUUCUUUUUUCAAUGACUUGAGAGUUAUCUGAAGGCACUCCCACAACUGCUUUACAUUCCUUCUUCCAACAUUCCCAAAUGUGUAUCAAUCCACCGCAUAAACUAGUCCCUAAUUUAAAUCACAGUUUGCUCUUCUUUGAGUUAUAUCUGCUAACAUUUUUUUCUGAUUUAUAAAAAAAGAAACCUGAUGAAAUUCACAUCUUCAAAGAGAUAUAGAGUAUCAAUAUCAACCAAUAUCCUCAAUAUGUUGAACUAGAGACAAAAGAUUCAUACACCAGAGUGUUUUUUUGGAUCUUAAAGAGGAACUGUUAAAACUCUCUUUAUGGCCCAUUUGUUAUACUUGUAACACAUGUAAGACCAAUAAUUUCAAGCAGUCUAGGAUUAUCUUUGGAUUGUUACUCAGAUCCAUGUUUCUCUCCUCUGUGUGUGACCCAGAACAAGCCAAGGCUGCGUCCACAUCAUCGUAGCCCAGACCAAAGAGAACGGCUUCACCCUGGACCAGAGCAGCUGUGUAUUUCCCAGCAUCCCAGAGGUGGUGCACCACUACUGCACCCAGCGCCUGCCUUUCAACGGCGCCGAGCACAUGACCCUGCUGCACCCAGUGCCUCGUGUACACUGACUCCACCCCAGCCUCGCUUAGGUAUACACGUCAAACAAACCUCUGGGCCAACAUGGAUGAAAAUGUCUCCAAAAAUAACCUCACCUCUGAUCAAUGUGUACUAAAGCAGCUCCACCUUUUCUCAGAAAGCCCCGCAGUUUUAUCAUAGCUGUUUGACCCUAAUGAUGUCUUAUCUUUGUGAUUUUUUAAUUUGAUCAUCAGUUUGCAACUCUCCCUGUGUUUAGAAACCUCAGAUGACUUUGUCUUCUGUCUUUGUUCCCCUUUGAUGUGCAGCUGAUGCAAAUCAUCUGAGAUGCUGUUUUGCAUGUGAACAAGGGGGAAGCUCAACACUGCCGAAGAGAUCUAUCAAUGAUUAAAUCUGACUCGUAGCCAGAUGUGAGGUUUUAAUUAUCCAAUGUGGCUCACUCAGAACCUGCAGUGUAAUAUUAAAGGUAUUCUUACAAAGAGAAAUUGAAGCUCCAAGUUGUAUUUAUGUGGAAGGAAGCUCUUGCAGCUCUCUUUCUCCCCCUGGUGGAUGUGCCGCUACACUGCGCCAACAUACCAACUCAAUUAAACGGAUCAAAUCUACCCUCAGAAGAUAUCUCCUCUCUGAUCAACAUCUGAACAAAGACUUUCUUUUUGUCUUUGUGCUUGAAGUGUAUUUCUAAUUUAUGCUCUUAUUCUUGUUAGUCGUCUGUAACCGCUGCCCCCCGAGGAUUUCCUCUGCCGUACUGUGAAUGAGGGAGUUGUUUUCCACUCCGUUAUCCACACUGUGAAGAGUGGGUGAUUCAUCCUGAUGCAAUGUGCUUAAAGAACCGCAGAUGAACAAGAUUGAAAGCUUUUAAUGGCCUGAACUGAUACUUCACUUUAUCAGUAUUUUUUUAUGGAAGAUAAGCGACUCAAUUUAGGCUCAAAUCUGUGAAACAAGCAUGCUAAUUGUUGGUAUUCCUAAAAACUAUUUUUGCAGGUAAAUGUAAGAAAUAAAAGAGGAAUAUUUAAAGAUGAUAAAAGAGAUAAAUGUGUUUAAGUAUUCAUAUAAAAAUCAUGUUUGUUUAGACCCUUAGUGCUAAAAUUUAAUGCUUAUCCCUCAGUAUCUUAUUUUAUUUCUGGUGCUAUGAGACAGAACAGCAAACAGAGUAAAAGCUGUUUUAUUUUUAUUCAGUUUUUCUAUUUUAUUUUAAAUGAUAACUCAAAUAUUUGAUACAUGAUGUGCACUCUGGAGGAAAUCGUUGCAACACAGCCUGUUAGCCUUCAGGAUGACAUUCAAAUAUGAUGUAACUGAGGUUAGAUUAUAUCUUAAACUCUUCUGGAGGUCUGCCAUUCCCACGUCUCCUCACAGAUUUAAAAGAUGUCAGGUUGUGGUUUUUGGCAGAGACCUGCAGAGGAACACCUGCUUUACAUUCUUCAUCUUGUUACGUGAAGACCUGUUGUUCAAAUGUUGUAAAACAGACCCUGAAAAGAUCUCAAUGCUGGAGACCCUCUCUUAGCUCCUCUCUGAUCUCAAUAAACCAACAACAUAAACAACAAAAUGUGCGGGUGUUUUUUUUUGUCAGUGAUGCUCGCUCUUAAAGAGACUGAUCAAAGCAUCGAACUGUCUCAUGGUCCCGGAGGAAGCAGCCUCUUCACAGAUCCUGGCAUGACUGAAUGAGGGCAUAUUUGUGCAUAAUGAAUUUUUAAACGAAGAGUUUUGAUUGCGGUUUCAGCAGUUUAGUAGUUUUGUCUGGGUGGCUGGUGGUCAAUCUCGCUAAAAGGGGAUCGCUUAUUGCGGCAGGUGAAAUGGUGAAAAGGUGAAGAGGAAAGCUCUAGCUGGGAGAUAAGGUUUUCACAGAGGAUCAUGUUGAGGACAAACAGCUUAUAUACUCGCAAGAAAGAGCGUGUAUAUCUGAGCUUAAAAGCAGCAUGAAAAAGAGACAAGUAGUCUUGUGUCAAGGGCUCUUAAUGUGAAGGAUAAAAAGAGCAAUUGACACCGUCUCUGUCCGUCUCACCUUUUCUUACGCCUCUCUUCUUUACCCUCCUCACUCCGUGGCUGUUAUCCGAGGCUGAUAUCUGUCUGUCACCGGCUUCUCCUUGACCCUCGAGGAGGACACCAGCACAGCUUGGUGCCAAGAGGAGUUUGAGGUUUAAUUUAUGAAGGCCAGUGACCCACAGGUUGAGUUUCAUUCAUUGUAAAACCACAGGUGGCUUUCAGGCCUCUGUUGUUGUGUCAUCUCACCGGUGACUGUUUGCUGCGAGCUGUUGGAGCUGGUUUCAGGUUAACAAUGAGGCACAACAAAUAACAAACUUUCACUGAGAUGAUAUAGUUUUUGAAAAUCAAGUACAAGAAAAGUGAGGCUUAUAUAACAUGGAGUAAAGAAUUAUUUGCAGCUUUUGUAAAUUGCUGCACAGGGUGGAGAUGUGGCCUGUCUCAGCUACUUAAUUGUUAAAUAGUUGAGACGAGAGGUUCUCAACCAGGGGGUCAAGCACCUCAAGACGGUCAUGAGACAAAUAUGGGAGUCUGAAGAAGAAAGCUGUGCUAGAAAUGUAUUUUUUUCUCCUUAAAGUCUGUGCAACUUUAAACAAUUUUAACUAUCUUCUACUAAAACCUGUAGAGGAGUUCAGGGAGAAAACACGUCUUUGGUUUCAGCCCAAACUCUCCAUAGACACAGAAAACACAAGUAAAAUCUAAAGGGUAGCUCAAGCUCUUUAUAGUAGAGCAAAAAAGUUCAAGAGUUUCCUCCAGAGCAGCGUCAUCUAAGACUGAAAAAGUUUCUAAUGCAGCACUUUAGGAAAUGUGAUUAGUAAUUUUCCAUUUUUGCUGGAGUAUCCAAGCAUGGUCUUUAUGAAUUAAGAGUGCCAGGCCUUGUAACUCAUAUGUCUCCUGUCUCCUCUCUGGCAUUGAGCUACAGCCAUAAGGUUUCUCUGCGGUUCUCUGUCAAGAUGGAUUUCAUGAACCUGAGGAAGCGGGCCUUCUCAAAUUCUCCCCAAGGGUGAGCCAGCUACACCUGGAAAGGGAUUAAUCAUCACACAAUAUAGACCUGGAGCCAUCUGGGUUACUGUAUACUUGAAUGAGUAAUGUCAUUUCAUUCUCACAUGUAUGCCUCUCUACUCUCAUGCAAUCCCUGUCCCUUCCUGGGGCCCUGCUUGGCGUGAUCGCAAAUUGACUGUCUGAUGGACGGGGUGGCUUGACAUCUUGGUGUCGCUUGACCCGAUCUGUUGGAAACCGAAGUGUUCCUUAUCAGAUGCUCCAGGCUUAGUGCCCGUGACACGUCGUGGCUUUGUGUUGCUCGUCUCCUCCGCUCUCACAGAGUAGCAGCACCUGCCAUGUGAGAUCAGUUAGCGUCGACUCUUGCCUUUUAGUUCCAAUCAGCCCAGCUGGUAAGGUCAGGCGUGGUUUUAGAUAAUGGUCGCAGGAUGUCCAGAGCUAUUGUUCGUGCUAGUGUGAUUGAAGAGACCACGUGGCUCAGAAUUAAGUACUUUGAAGCAGCAGUCCACGUGGCCUGAUGAUGCUUGAUGCUCAAAGACAUUACAGUCUGUCACUGCUGAGUUUACAGCAAUAUAGUUUGAAUUGUUUUGUUGUGUAAUUGAAAAGGAUCAGACAGUUAUCAAUGUUAGAAGUGUGUCUUUUUUUAGUGAAUAUUUUUAAUCAGACUUUUUACUAAUUGCCUUUCUAUACUUCUCUUAUUGCAAAUGUUCAUUUUAAUCAAAGUUCUUAAUGUUUAUUUUAUGUCAUUAUAUUGACUUUCUCUGUUCUUAGUCUUUUUCUUAAGUCCCGUCAUAGAGGUUCUUACUUCUUUUACUUCUUUAACCCCAUGGUAAAGAGCUCUUACUUAUCUGUUCAUUGAAUAUUAUUUUCUUGUUUUAGUCCAUCAGGUUUUACUCUUUCUUUUUACCAUUUUUAUCUUUUAUCUUUUAUCUCCAGUGUUUCCCAAAGGUAGCUCUUUCCUCACGUAAUGUCUCGGUGUCAGGCCAUGUCUCUUCAACAAUAUAUCUUAAAUUCUCACACUGUGUGCACUUGUGUGUGUAUGUGUGGGUGAGUGUGUGUCUUUGUGUGUGUGUGUCCAUGGGUGGGUGUGUGUUUGGGUUUUAUUGUUGUUAAUUGUUGUUUUUAGCCUCUGUGAGGUACCUUGAACUGCAUUUUUGUCUGAAAAGUGCCACACAAAUUAAGUUGAAUUUGAAUGUAACAUAACUGUGAGCCAGCAGUCUGUAUAACACUUUAACUCUAAGUUGGAUUUACAACGACAACCUUAAGCUGAUAUUUGCUUUAUUGAAGGCCUACUGUGUAGAAAUACAAAAAGCUAAUGUUAGCAUCUUGCUACUUUUGGCUAAAUGUGAGCUAUUGAAAUUUAUUGUUCUACCUAAAUAUAGUAGAAGGUAAUGUUAGUGUUGACUUCUUCCUGAAAUGUAAGCUACUCAAAUGGCUUCUGUAUUGUUUUGUGAAACUUAUAUUAGUGUUCAGGCUUAUCCUAGCUAAAUACAAGCUAAUAUUAGCUAGGAAGUAUUGGGUGAAACUGAAGAGAAGAAAAUAAAGCAUUCAGCCUCUAUGUAGCUCACAGUUAAAUUAGCAGGUAAGUGUCAGAACACUAUUUUACAUUAUCCUAUUGCAUUUUUGUUGAUGGUCAGUCAUGAGGUGAUGAAAUGGUAACAGUUUUACAGUUUUUGUGUGAUUAUAGUCAGUCUCAUGGUGGUGUUUGGAUGAAACAUCUAAGAUAUAAGAUCUAAAUUCAUCGAUGUCAGCACCAAUGCUCCUCCUUCUUACAUAAUCAUUUGUAAAUCUUAGACACCAAAUGAUAUUCUUUUAUAUCUUUAGCGAAUGACAACGGAAUGAAAUACUGCCUUACAAUGUUAAAACUCACAAUCAUACACAACUUGAAAAGGCUUUUAAUGCAUGAUCAGUACUUUUACUUUAACUUUUUUACUUUGUAUUGUGCCAUGACUCAUGAAUCAACUUCCUUGAGUAUAGAAGAUAGUUUUCCUUUUUUAAACUAAACACCAGCUGUUGAUGUAAAAGCUCACAUUUCAUCUUUUGCAAAUGUUACUGAAUAAAAAAAGCAUUUCUUUUAAUCAGCUGACCCAUCAGUUUUCUGGACUGAGAAAAGCAGGUAACAGGAGCUAACAGCUGUAACCGUUUAUUUGUGUCCCUUCAGGCUACAACCGGUCUUGGUGGACACUUUAUUGUUUUGAACUGUUUAUCUAUCUGCAGGCUGAGCACUUUCAACUCAAAUAUUCAAACUGUCCAAUCAGAAGACGUGUUUGGAGACAUCUGCAAGGCCGAGGAGUGAAAGCAGAAAGGGACCACGCCCAUGAACGCUGGCUGACCUGUGAUCAGUUUCUCUUUUUUAUAUUGCUCAAGGUAAGAAGAGUAGGCGGUUAUGUUCAUCAUUGUUCUGGCACAAUUACACGCAGAGGUAAAGAAAGCAGAGGAUCUCUGUUACACUAUGUUUUUCCCCCUUGUUCAUAUUUUAAAAGUGACGAACAGCUGUAAAAGCCAAUGAGGUGGAAGAGGAGGUGUUGAUUUACUGAUCUGUGUUUGUCUGUGUGUGUGUUUGAGACACUGAGGGACAUGAAAUUUGCUAACAGUCACAGAAAAUCGAGCAUUCCUGUGUGAUUAUACACCACCGCUUUCCAAGUAACAUACUUGACUAAUGCGCUCCAUAAAUUGGAUUCACUUCCAGCGCCUAUGCAGCACUUCCAUCAUUCACAUACACACCCUCAUGCACACAAACACCCUUUAUCUCCCCACACACCCUUGUUUUCUCUUUUUUUCCUCCCUCUUCUCUUCUUCCCUUUCUCUCUCUCUCUCUCUCUCUCUCUCUCUCUCUCUCUCUCUCUCUCUCUCUCUCUCUCUCUUUUGAAGAAAGUUUUUUUUUUUUUUCCACACAGAUCCAAGUCAAACAUCUGGGUCAGCUUAUAUCUAGUGGAACAAGACUUGCAGGAUAUUGUUGGCAGGAUGUGUGAGCUGGAGCAGUUUACUCAGUGGGAAUCCCCAAUACACACACAUACACACACACAUACACAGACGCUGACACACUCGUACACACACACUCACACAGUUUGCUGACAUUGUUUCUCUCCUCGCCAUUCAACUUGAUUUCCAGGUGCGGCGAUUCAUGUCCGACAUGUGGAUGAAUGCUUGAGCAGCAUGAGGGAUUUCUCAGAAUGUGAAACCAAACACGCCACCAUAAAUAGUUGGUUAAAUGCCAUGUUUAAUAUUUUGAAGAAUGCAUUGGUUAUUACCAAAAAGGAUUACAAAAUAGGCGUAAAAGAGAGAGGAAAUCAUACCCUAAUGUUCAACACUGAGUACAUACAAUAAUAUGUUAAUCUGUAACUUCAUAUAUGUUCACUAAUCAUUCAUGUGCAAGAGAUGCUUGAACUUCGAACUAUCAAUUCUUCUCGCCGCCUUAGUUUGCAAUGUCAAAACUGUUAUAGUUGAGUCAAAAGAAGUUUAAAUAUAUACCCUGUUCUUGCUAGCUAGCUCCGGAUAUGCUGUGGUAUGAAAAACACUCAAGUUACUCCUUCUGAACGCCUCGUUUUCUGAGAACCCACAAAUUCUCUCUGCUGGGCCGCUCCCCUCAUGUGUAGUUUUAGUGUUUACAAAUUGCAUAAGACAAAACUCUUCCCUCUAUCUCUCCUGAUUUACAGCCCCACCUUCUUCCUCCUCUUCUUUUCCCUUUUUCUUUACACCCCCCCUUCCCUUCCCUUUUCUAUCCUUUCCUUCCUGCACUGAUUCAAUCCUUCUUCCCCGCUGAGUCGCCUUUGCUGUCGUCUUUCGGUUUCUCGUCUGUUUUGAACUCCAGGAAGAAGUCGUUGCAGGCGACAGUGAGGGCGCCCAUCAGGAUGAUGAACUCGGUGAAGUCCACCUCCCCGUCGUUGUUGGCGUCCAAGUCGUUCAUCACCUUCUCCACUGCUUCAUUAUCUUUGGAGCUCUGUCAGUGGAGAGCCCACAGAAACACAGAGAAAGAGAGAGAGAGUUAAGAAUGUGUGUUCUGCUACGCGUGUGUGUGUCAACAUACAUCAAUGCACAAGCUUGCCCGAACAUGUGCGCCUGAGUAUGUGAGCACAUUCCUUCACUUGUGUGUUGCGUAUUUAGUGUUCAACCACAUAUUUGCCUCCUUCUCUUACCCCUAAGUAAGUCCCCAGCUCCUCUAGUAGCAGCUCCUUCAGCUCUCCUCUGCUCAGCGUGUACUUGUCACCCUCCUUCCCUGAGUACUUGUGAAAGGUCUUUAUGAGCAUCUGCAUGGCACUCUCCAGGUUGGAACUGGGCUCCUUGGACAUGCUGGAAAAAAAAAGUUUGAAGCCAAAAGGUCAAACUCGGCUGCUAAACGCCCGCUCCGGCUCUUAGCUGCAUGUGCGGCCACAUGGUAAGCUAAGGCCGGAGCCACCUCCAAGACACAGUGAUAUUUGGAUAGGCAGAAAGUUGGAUGGAUGGGUGGAAAGAAACCAAAGCAGAGAGGUUUUCCCAUUUCUGCAAAGAGGGGUUGAAUAACACUCUGCGUGUGUGUGUGUGUUGCGCAGAGGCUAUUAUUGACUCUAAUUUAGCUAUCAGCGUGGUCACUGUGCGUGCAUGACCUUACUGGGUUUAACUUUUCAGAGGUUUUGGGUGGAAAGAUGGAGGAGAGCUUUGAAAGCUUUUUCGAACAAUCUUACACACAUUGUGUCCGGCAUCUUGGAGCUUCUUGUGCUGGACUGGUGGAGAGACUGUGCACACAACAGACACAGAUAAGUCACUGUCAACCAUGCAGAAUUUCUACCUCAAUAAAUAACACAUUAAAAAGAGAAUUAGAGAAACUUUUCAGAUGUUUUGAAAGUCUGCUUCUUGGGUCAUGGAAAGAAAUCCAAUCCACAAAGUAUUUAGGACUGAUCAAUGCAAACAUGCUAACACCUUAUCAUCCCAACUGGAAACCAAGAAUGAAAUAAAGAUCUAUACACAAACUGAUGAUCUACUUGUACCAAAAUAGAAGUCUAUGGAGGCAUUUUCAAGCUUGCUCUAAAUGAGUCAGAUACUAAGAGACAAGCAAUCCGUCAAUUGAACGUGUGCAUGAUUUAUUAACUAUCAGCUUAUACAAAAGGAGGCAGAGAUGCUCAUGUCACUCCUUGUUGCUUCUCGUCGGGCUGUGUGGCGAUGUCAUUGUCGGAGAGAGGUCGGUGUUGCAGGUGGUGGAGACAAAAGAAGAAGCGAGUGGACACCGAUGCUAGCUAACUGGAAAAUCUAUAGGGGUCAUCCGUUUCACUGCCUGACACGACACAAAAGGGAUCCAUGGAGACCAAAAUGCUGUCAGUAACAUAAUAUAGAGUGUAGUAGUAAUGCAUAUGGACAGUGUAAGUGCAAACGUGGUGCAGAAUCUGCAUUUAAUGAUGCAUAGUGCUGAAAAACUGCAAAGGAGGACGAUAAGAAGCAGAUAUUUUGAUCUUAAACAUGUUAAAAUUUUGCAUUUUUCUGAAAUUCAAAACUUGGAUUAAGUCGGUUGGUUGAAUCAUUUUCAAAUCUUUGCAAAUCUGAUGUUUUGCAUUUAUGUUAACUAAAUCUACCUUUUCCUUUAUCCUCCUGUAGCUUCACUUUAUUUGGUGUAUAAAUUUACUGUCAUGCCUCUCACCAAAAUAGCAAAUCCGCUAACAAUCGACUUUUGAAAGAGAAGUAAAAAGAUCAAAUAAAUUUCUAAAUGUUGUUUUCCGCGUCCAGAGCUCUAGAUGGUUUUGAACUCGUCUGUUUCCUUUAUGAAAGCUUGAUAAAAAAUAUUAGUUUUCUUAACUUAAACCUUCAUCAGAUGAAGAGGAGAAAGUACUGCGAAGCAAGCUGUCUGUCUUACCUGAGUGCUGAUGGAGGGCCUCUUUUGUCUCGGAAGAGGUGCAGGGGACUGAGCCAAGGCAGAGAUGGAUGGAGAGAGAGUCCGUCAGGGACUUAAAUAUCACCUGUCCUCCUCCCUCCUCCUCCUCCUUCUUCAUCCUCUUACAUAGUCUCUGGUUCUGUUUCUUCACCCUCCCUCUACCCAUCUCACUCCUCACAGGUGACCCCCUCCUCCUCCCCAUUACCUUCCCCCAUCACACAUACAGACCAAAGCCACAAGUUAAAAUAGGUAAUUGUCACAGUUUUAUUCAUUAUUAGCCUUUAAACAUGUUAGAUUAAGCAAAAAUGAUACAGCAUAACAUAUGAAGUUGAAAUACUAGCAUAGUGGAGUUUACUUGACAUAGUGGACUGAAAUGAGCCCAACUGCUAAACACACACACCCUCUACUGUUGUACUUGGCAGGAAAUAAACAAGAGGACAUCAAAACACAAUGAUGAACGCCCAGGAAUGGUCCCCUAAUCACAAACAUUUGGAGCUUUUAAAGCACAUCCAUACACUUGUAUGUACAUUUAAUAUAUCAGCUACAUGUUUUAAGGUAAUUUAUCAACACAGGCUCUUAUCUUCAUUGACUGUGUCACAGGAUGAAUGAGACGUAUUGUGUGGUUGCAAACACUCCCUCCUGCAAAUCUGCUGUUUUGUUCCAGCAUGUUUUUAAUCUACGCAGGGUUAAAAAAAAUGGGUGGGGUUUACACUUUGGGACCAUUACAAAACUGUGCAGACAGUUCAACCUAUUGAAAAAAAAAUCUCAUAGUUUACUCCAUCUGCUAUUCCAAAUAGGUUAAAAGGGAGCUCUCGCUGUGAUCUAAUAAUUUCCAGACAUGUCUGUUCACACUAAAUCUGUAGGAAGUGCAGGUCGUGCAUGUAAAGUGAAUUAAGUUUUAAUCCAGUUUCUUAUUCUUUUGCUCCUAAAAGCAAAGAAAGAGCACAGAGAUGCACUGAACACGCCCAGCCUACGGGGAAUAGCAAAUAAUGAAUGCAGCUUGCCAGUAUAUACAAGAUUCAGGGCCCUGUGUUAAACACAUCUGGCUGUAGAUGGUGCAAAAGAGUGAUAUGUCUUCAUUAUUCAAACAAAGUACCAUUGUUAAAAAUGUUUGAUGUAAAAAGAGAGGAAGAUUUUAUAAAAGGAGUCGUAAUAUAGUCUAAAAAGCUGAAAAUGCCCAGUAUGUGGAUUAGUAAAAAAGCAUGCAGGAAGCAGCAAACGUUAAGGGCAGAGAAGAGUGAGUGUAAAUGAGUGUAUUUGCAAUAGGAGUGUCGCAGUGAAGCAAGGGGACCACGUGACUCAGGUUUAUUUGUCUUGCCCGUUUUGCUGCUGAGUGGUUUGAACUGCCAGGUGCUGUAACAGUGCAUAAUGUGCACAUUUGGUAACGUGCCCACAACGACGCAGAUGCCUCUAGCACCUUACAGGUUAGCCAAGUAGACCUAUAACCUAGCAGGGCUGCAACACGAGCCUUUUUCUCAUGGCUGCAUUAUUGAUGAUGAGACAAUUUACAAAUCAUUAAAUUGUAAUUAACAAAUUGCAUAUAAUGUGACAAAGACGUACAUGUUCAAGUGAUCUCCAUAGUGGUCCAAACAAGAAAGAAUUAGUUUUAAAAAAUUAAAUAUGAGGAGGCUGUUUCAAACUUAAAUACUCAGCCUCAAUAACUGCAAUACAAUGGUAAUACUAGAAAGUAAAUUUCUGAUAGCAUGCGUCCUUUAAUGAAUAAUUCUGUUGUAAAAGAUCACACCGUAUGGAUUAAUAUUGAUGGCUCAGUAUUCUUUUGGCUAAAAUAAAAACACAACAACCUUUCUACACUACCACCUUGUCUGAUAGGCAGGAUCACUCCAACCCGGGAUUACUUUCAUGUAAUUGUUUGUCUCCCAGGGUGUGUUUCCCAUCCAGUGCCUAAUCCAGUUGUUUCCCAAUGACUGGGACUAGAGGACUCACUUGCAAGUCAAACAGGGUCUCUAAGCUACAUAAGGGUGUGACCGCCAAACAAACACACUAGCCUGAAUAAUUGGUGUUACAACCAGCAACAAGAAACAAAGACAAUAUUUGAUUAGAGCCCCCAAAAUACACAUCAAGAUCCUGCAACCCCAAUUCAGAACUAGAAGGAGUACUGAAGUACUGAAACUGUACCAUCAAGCACCUUUAACAGCCAGUGAGUAGAACCUGGUGUGUGGUUUUUGAGGCACAAACAGAAUAAAAAUGAAGUAAUUGUGUUUUUAAGUAAUUGAAAUAAAACUGUAACUAAGCUGCUCUGAUGAUGGAUUUCCUAAAGUCUUUGUGUUUGUUGUCUCAUUCUUCUAAUCCUGGUGGAUUAGGUUUCAUGUACCCCUUCUCUGACCCGCUCCUCUAGUCAUCAGCUCACUCCCAUGAGACUAUUUUAAGUUCCCUUUUGACCCUAGGGGUCCUUUGGUGUGGUUUCCAUUCUUCAGACUUAAUUAUUUAGGUAAGUGCCACACCUGAUCUUCAAGUUCCUAAUCCCCUGGUUGACAAUGCCCAUAGAGAUUACGCUUAAGGAUCCACAUAUGGUGAUAGAUCUGGGAAAUACAGAAAAAAAGAGCCCAUGUAGAAGUUGGUUGGUGAGAGGGAGAGUAAAGCCUGCGAUGGGACACUGAAUACUCAAUGAAGAUGAGCUUAGGUAAUGCAAAGCUUCAGCAAAACAAUUUGUUUAUUGUCAUGCCAAAUCAGCUCCAAAGCAUUGUGAAUUCAAAGAUGAGAAUGUAAAAAAAAAACAUAUAUAGUGUUAUUGACAAAGUUUCAUGCAACCCUUACAAAAACUAUGUGAAAUUUUGGGAAGAACAUCAACCAAUUUUCCUGCCGAGAGUUAGAGUUAGAUGAAUUGGAAAUUAAAUUACAGCCAGCAGCUGAUCAGCACCACCUAGCAUAAACCUUUGAGACAGAGAGAAAGUUUACCUUUAAAGCUACAACCAGGAUUAAACACCUCGUAGGCUUUUAAAGCUUACUCUUGCACAUCAUUUAGGUUAUGGUUAAAGAUGCACAGAUAAGCCUCUAGUGGUUAAAUCUUAUAUUUAGUCUUUUAGACGAUUAAAUACAAAACAUGUUAAAUGGAGGAGGGAGCGGUUUUAGUUAGCAUGGGACAGAGCUAGCUUGCUUUUUGGAACCAGUCUUGUUGGUUCAAUCUUAAUGCUAUGCUUUGCAAGUUGCUGCUGCAAGCAGAGGCCAACAUUGACUUACUAGCCGAUCGCUGAUACGAGUUUCGUUAUCUGUCUUUACUACCUUCUGACAAGAAAACUUUCACCCCAAAGUAAGCCAUUACUGCUCAGCAAGGUGUACACAGCUGAUGUUUAACCGAGGUCAAAUGUACAGUAAGCUCAGCAGCGUAGCAGAGAUGGAAAAAAGACCAAGUUCAAAUAAAAGAUGGGAAAGGAUGGGAACGAUACAAAACAUCGUGGCUGCAGUGGUGUGCUAACAUAGUGACACUUUAGCCAUGUGUGUCAGUGUGCUGGUGCAGGUAAACCAUACUUUGCAGUAAAGACUUCACAGGGACAUGGCAUGCAUAUUAGUGUACGUCUGCACGCUAUCAUAGUAGAGUAUCAUAAUGAGGUAAAUGUGCUAUAUAGUGGGAUGGACAUGCUGUACAAAUGAACAUAGUGGUAGUAAAAAGCAAUAACUCUACUGUCAUUUACAUGAAGUUUUAAUCAUACAAAAGGAAUGGGAUUCUUUCGAGGCUGGCGUUUUAACUUUUAUGAAAACUUUAAGUGGCUUUUUAACUUCUUUGGGCAGUAAUGUUGUGUUGUGUGUUGUGUGUAGUGUUGAGUGUGAGCAUGUGGUGUGAUUUUUGGUGAAGGAAUUGAUUGUCCCCUAUGAGGUCGCCUCCUCUAUCUUCUUCUCCACUGCUUCCUCCACGGCUGCGGCCAAAUUCUCUGCCGCUUCCACCACUUUCUCUGUUUCAUCCUUUUUCUCCUCCUCAUUCACGGCCUCCUCUACUUCUGUCGGUGCUGCUCCUAUUGCCGAUGCCACUACCGUUUCUACUGCCGCUGCUGGGUUCUCUUCUUUUGCUACCUCAGGCUCGGUUUCCCCUUCUGUCUUCACUUCUACUUUUAUUUCUGCCACUCCGUCCGCUUUUUCUUCUACCUUCACUUCAACCGUCGCCUCUGCCUUCGGCUCUUCACUCGCCUCCGCCUUUGGCUCCUCCUUUGCCUCUGCGUUUGCCGGUGGCUUGUCGUCCCCAUUUUCCAGUGGGGUAGUUUGCGCGACUUGUCCUGAUGCAGAAUUUUGGGCCGGUUCCUCUUUGGCGAGGAGACGCUGCUCACUGAGUGAGGUAGCCAGGUAGCCGACAAGCUUCAUGUACUCCUCAAAACCAACCUUGCCGUCUUGGUUGGCAUCCAGUCCUUGCCCCAUGGUGGCGAUUGCUUCCUUGCUGUCUGUGUCCUGGGUUGAGGGCACACAUAACCAUGAGAGAGGCAAUGAUGGUCAGUAACUCUACCUGCUUUCUCUCUGCAUAAAUUACCAUAAUCGACUGGCAAAUGACCCUCUAUCAGUGUCUGUAUUUGCAUUAUAAUGCUGAUGACUGUCAUUUUACCACAUCAGAUCACUUCCCUCAUUCAUCUACUAUAUAUUACUCUACGUUUAGUAACAAUCCUCACGUUGGGGAAUCAUAACAAUCAAUGGACGACCAGUGCUAAUACCCGCAGACAUAUCAUGAUACCUAUAAUGAUGUCUUUUCUUGAGUAUUGGCCGUAUCCUGUGAAUAAUUUGGGACACUCUAAGCUAACACCACAUUGUUAAUUUUGUUACUUUAACUUUCUGUGAGGUGGUUACAUACAGUAAGCGUUGGUAACUUUUCAGAGAGGUAUGAGAAAGGUUUUCUAACCGAGAGGAUGUUGGAGAGCUGGCCCUUGACGAGGUUUUGGAAUUCUUUCUUUCCUAGACUCUCUUUCCCCUUGGAUGACUUUAUGAAGACCUUCACCAGCGUCUGAAUGGCACCCUCCAUGACUCCUCUGUCUGCAGAAAGGGAAAGGUCAACAAAGUGGUGUGAGACUGAUUGACAGGUAGAUCGAUGAAUAGAUAGAUGACAUUGCAGCAAUGGUUACACUGGUGUAAAACAGGAAGUUCCAGGAUGCCCUGAUUCAAACCCCAAUGAGGCACAUGCAGUGGAAAAUGAAACAGAGGAUCUCCUCGUGUCCCUGUGAGGCCUUUCGUUUCACGUGUUGAGCCCAGAGCGGCGACGAAGGAGGGGACAGUGACGUGAGAUAAGCGAAGAGGGCGAGAGGGAGUGUGAUUGAGAGACAAGCCGCGAUGCACAAUGGAAGUUCUGAUCUUUGAUAGGCCAUCUGAUCUACCAAAUCUACCAAGGGGACCGGGCCUCAGAUUACCCAAGGGAUUACCUAGUCCCUGUCAGCUCCUCACUCUAUAACUCUCUUUUCUUUCCCUCCCUUUCUUUCCCUCUCACCUGCUGUACCUGCCUCUUUCUUUCAGUGCCACUGUCUCUUUCUUGUUUUCACCUUGCUGCCCUUUCUUCUUCACACUGUUGCACCUGAAUGGAGAUUUGACAUUGAGGCUUGGUAAUGAGAGAUGUCGCAAUACCAUUUUUCUCUUGAUACCUGGACUCAAGUAUCAUACAAACUACCAGACCAGUGUGAUUAAAAACGUAAUGUUGAUGAAAGUAAAGUUGGUUUUUGACUACCGAAAUUCUUUCUGCUUGCACCAAAUCAUGAUCGAUUAUCAUGAAAUAAAAUUACUUAAUAGUGGCUGACUUUUCAGCGUAAUUGGUUAGGAUAUCAGAUCAGUGCAACCUCACAAAUAGGCCACUUUUGAAGGCAGCAGUGAUACUGUCACUUUCUAGUAGAUAGAUGAGACUUUGAAGACUUUCAUGAAGCAUGCAGCUCAAAAACAUGAACAAAUGUUGCAGAGGCGACUUGAAUAUGGGGACAUGUUCAUGAAUGAAGCUCAGGACAGAUGCAUAGACAAGCUCCUUGUUGCUCAAAUUGUAGAACAUGCCAGUAGGUGACACAUCUUUGCAGGAAUUCCACUCAUUGCUGUGUGUGGAGAUCACUUAGACAGGAAUUUACAGGCCAACUCUGAGCUAGAUUGCCCCAAAGCAGUGCAAGGAAAUGUUCGAGGCGACCAUACUCGUCUGUCAGCUUGAGUAACACAAACUGCAGAGCAAACAACAGUUGGUGCUGGUUAAAGAACACGCUGUAGACUCUACAGGAUGGCGUCUUACCCGUGUCAGCUGAUGGGUCAUUUGUAGGCAGAAAACUAAUAUAUCAAUUACUGAAGUGCAUGUCACACUCAAGCAGCAUCCAGCAGAGCAAUUUCCCCACAGAGUCAUUAAAGCACGGGGGACAGAGAGCUCUGACGCUGUGGCGUAAGGUCAUUAAAACCUAAGAUUUCACUCGACCCCUUUCAGGACUUACUCCCUGACCUACUGAUCUCUAACUGUCACUUUGCCCUGCAAAGAUCUGCUACCACAUGAGCUCAACACAACCACAGGUUUGCAUGCAGCAGAGGAAGCCUAUCAGAUCUGAUAGUCAGCACAGCUGCCAUUUGACAGUCAUAACAAAGAUAUAAGAGUGGACAUGAAAAAGUUUUAUUUGCCACAUAUGUUAAAGAAUUUGAACCCCAGUCAUGUUUUUCUGGUCUUCUUGGAUCACAGACACAGCCCUAGUUUAGUAGGAACUUUAGGGGACUUCUUCCUGCCAGGUGACACACCCUCCUCAGCCUGAGCAACGUUACACAAAGGCCUCGGCAGCUUCAUAUGUGUCCAGUCCAAAUAUACCCGGCAAAAGACAUUAUUCUUUGACUCGCCAUUCUCACAUUCAUUAUUCACCUGUGACCUUUCUAAAGGAGCUGUCGCCUGCCGGGACAGUGGCCCUUAUUUCGACAGAUGUGGUCGAAUCCAACAUCUAAAGAAAGACGUCAGAUCUACAACGUGUCCCACUCAGGGGGGGAAUAACCUGUGCUAUUCGCUCUAACAGGCCAAAAACAACUGCGCAAAUAAUUAAAUAUACAGGCCUACAACCAGAGGUUUCCCGUUUCCCCCCAGAGCCCAAAGGAGAUUGAGUGUUGCGUUUCCAAAUGGGCGAAUGUGAUACGGUAUGUGCGCAGAGUAAUGACAAUACUACCGCUCGCGUGGCAUAAAAUAUUAAAAGAGGAACAAGUUAGGUUGUGGCUGUAAAUUGCGGGGAGCAGACGUACAUACAGCGGCUGUCUCUCAUCCCAGUCCUCGGUGAGCUUUGGACGUAUAGAGAGGCGCGUGCGCCAUCACGUUCGCCAGGGCUCAUCGUCAUUAACACCGCGAGAAAUUUGAGCAUAGGAAAAAAGACCCUAAAUGAGGCGUCAUGAACAUAUUAGAAAGGCCAUUCUUUUACGGAAAGCUGUCACUAGAGUGGGCCUCCUUAUUCUGUGCGCAAAAGGGGUUGGUUUCGCGCAAAAUUGCGCUUUCACGCGCGGCCCGGACACCCUUUAGACAUACUAUACUUUAGCCCAAUACUCUGUCACCUCUAGUCACUUCAAUUUUUGAUAGGCUGUUUGCAAUUGAUCGGCAACUUGACAACUGAUCUACAUCAAAAUAUCAAAUAUCUUUCCGAGAGAGGAAGGCAGAGAGAGAAAGAGAGAGAGAGAGAGAGAGACGGACAUAGAGAGCAUAUGGCAAUCAAAGACGCUCAAUAAAACCGUAAAAUUUGGCUUGAAUUAAAUCAAAAUAGCUGCCAACUACUCUCUUUUGCUGUUUCGUAAAAGUGCAACACGAAGCCUGCAGGUUUUCGGAGCUCUGGAGUCACUGAAACCGUCCUGCAGUCAGCCCGCGGCCAACUUUCAUGGGAUGGCUCUUUGAGUCUAUCGAAACGUGGCAAAAACCAUGAACAAAUACAAUGCUCACCCGCUGGAUAAAACCCCAAAGAAGCCAGAAAGACGCAUUCAACUCACCGUAUACCGUCUGCGGGACAAGAGAAGUGUACAAAUGUGCGCAAAUUUGAGUUUCUGCUCUCUUCUCCGCCUUUCUACGCUGCUUUGAGCCCAGGGAACUUGCCAAACUAGUAGGACAGCAGAAUCUCUUCCGUGAUUUAGGUUUUUUUUUCUUUCCCUUAAAACUUUUCCCCCCUGACAAGUCAAAGGGCGUGUACCUGGAAGAGUGAGAGGGAGAAGUGGGAAUGUGGAAACGCGGAGCGCGAACUUAAACUGUCAGGAAAAGGGAGGAAAAGUGUAUCAAAACACUUUAAGUUGGGUUUUUAUUGGAAUUAUCUUUGGCUCAUGGGCCAGCUGUUUCACGUCAUGUGUGAUUUGCACAGUUUCACGCCAACUAGGCAGGCUUGUGGCUUCAUCUGCUGGGACGAGGAGACAGGGCGGGAGGGAUUACUUCAUCUGCACAAAUCCCUUUCAAAAGUAUUUUACUCAUUAAAUCAGGACAGGAAAUACAUUAGAAAUGAAAACUUUUUCUAACUUUUACAAUCUGUUCUUGAAGGAUGGGCCCCUUUUCUGACCCCAAAAGUCAAAUAAACUUAUCUUUUAUGCCAACAAAAGUCAGAAACAUGAACUAAAUGAUAGUUUAGAGCCACAAAUGAGAGUUCAAACUUGAACUGAGCUGUGAUUGAGGGUUAAUCUCUUCCCAACUGACACUUAAGGAAUGUAAAAGUCCCUGAAAGAAGAUAUCUGUGAACUCUGGAUUAGAAGAUGUGUAAACUCUUGUUUCGACUUGGAUCUCGCUCUACAGGAGGGUCAAACUUUUUCAUCUGACACUCUAGGAAUAUAGAAGUAAAGGAAUUUUGAGAGGAGGGCAAAAGUGGUGCAAGAGUUAAAGCAGUCCCGCCAGAUUCUUGAAAAGGACUUUGAAGUGUGUGUAGUUUUGAAAUUCCCUCGAAAGAUUAAAUCUCUCCAUGAAUAACACAAGACCUUACAUUGGGGUUAUCUACAACGCACAGAUAACAUACACUCCACUUGGAGACAGGUGCUGAGUUUGUCGACACUGACUUAUUUACCUGGUGCCACCCCUCCCACUGUGGCACCUUGGCGGGCAUAAUUUGGAUACAAAGGUCGUGUUUUCUUAUCUGCGGCGAGAUCUGCGUUUUGAAAAUCAGUCAGCAGCUCCUUUGUCUUUGUGUGUUACAAGAUUAAAGCGGGCCUAUAGGCUAUAAAACAGCUGGGGAGCAAGUCAGCACACAUAACUCUGUCUAGACACCAGAAUUAAGGGAAAGUGACCCAAGAUUUAGCAUACAACAUACAAGAGCAGCAGGAUGAAUGAAUGUAACCGAGGCUUCCUUCAGUGGUAGUAAAGCCCAGGCCUUGUUUUUGCAUCACUGCACUCUAAACGCAUGAACAAGCAGCUUUGUACACGCAUUAUGAAGCUCUAUGCAACAAGAUCUGGUCUUAGUUGAAGCAGCAGUGACACAUAUAGGAUUACAGCCCCCGAAAUCAAGGUGGUGCGGCCUGGAUAUCAUAUAAUGCUGUGAAUGAAUGACAGGAGACAGCUCAGUGUUGGUGGCUUUGGUUUCAAGACAAAGACGCCUUUAAUUCAAAGUUCUCUGCAUUCAGGAAAUGGUUAACCCAAGAGUCACACAUGUAGCGCUGAUGGAGUGAUAAAACAAUGCUGGAAGGAUGAAACCGAGUGGAUUGGUCGGUGUUGCACAAUCAAGCUCAAAGACAUUUUUUUCUACUGAGUGAAGCCCCCUUGUUUGCUCGCCAGAUUUCCAAUCAGCUGCCAGAACUCGGAGAAUGUCAGCUCGCCGUCGUUGUUCUCAUCCAGCGAGCCCAUGAGCUCCUCGAUGGCCUUGGGGUCGCUUGCGUUCUGCAGGCAAUCACAGAAAUUAACAGAGAGAGAGAAAGACAGAGAGGGGAGACUGAUCAUUGCUAAAUCACUCUGAGCUGCAACAACACACACUCUGUAAGACUGUCCUGCCAUCUAAUGGUUAACUGCAGGAACAAAUAUAACUAAACAGUCAAUUUAUUAACAGCCAUAUAAAAUUCUUCGUGUCUAUUUUGUGUUUGAUGAUAUUUUUAACGCUGGAAAAAUGUUAAAAACAGGACUCAAACCUUGUCCUUCAAACUGUUUCUUCAUAUAUCCGUCAUAUUGAUACACAAACAAACAAACAGCAUCUGAUUUCUGUCAGACAUGAUCAUUCACACUUAAAAGAAGAGCAAAUCCCUCAUCACACUUAAAGACUUUGAGCUAAGUGAUGAGAAAUCAAGUCAUUAAAGAUAAAUCAAUAAAAAUGUUGAAUAUUUUCUAGUAAUUCAUUGUCUUAGAAACAGCUUUGGCUUAAAUUUCGACUGAAAAUCCCACAGGAUACAUUUUUAUCCAGCAAAUUCAGCUGCUAGAAGACAUUAAAUAUAUUUUGAUUAAUGCUUAUUUAGGAUAUCAUCAUAAAUUUUCUUCAGAGGAAACAAUAUUUGACGAGUUAGCAAAGAAAAUAAGCUUUAAUUCUGCGGUGUAAGAGCUUAUCAUGACUUAUUUUGCAGGCACACAGCAUCAAUUUGUGACAAGACUACAACACAACAUCAAAGAUUAUGAUUAAAUACUGAAUGUAAUGUCUAAGACAGUUUGUGUAAUCUAAGUAAUCUGUUAAAUUAAAGCAGUAAAAGGAGAUUUUGAUGAGUUUGAAGUAAAUACAUUUAAAAAAUCAACAGUAAUAUGUGUGAUUUAUGGUUUAUGGUUGCAUCAUAAAUCACUUCU